GCCUCUGGGUGGAGGCGGAGGGUGAGACAGACCCUGCCCAGAGCUCCAAGUGGCUUCCUGCUGCUUGCCUCUAAACCCCUCCACAUUCCUGCAGCACUUCAGACUGCCAGAACUGUUCUGCCGCCUGCCUGCCUGCCUGCCUGCGCCGAGGGCUCCCAACACCAUGAGGGCCUGGAUCUUCUUUCUCCUUUGCCUGGCCGGGAGGGCCUUGGCAGCCCCUCAGCAGACUGAAGCCCCUGAGGAAAUAGUGGCAGAGGAAACUGUGGCAGAGGAAACUGUGGCAGAGGAGACAGGGGUACCGGUGGGUGCCAACCCAGUCCAGGUGGAAAUGGGAGAGUUUGAAGAUGGUGCUGAGGAAACUGUGGAGGAGGUGAUAGCUGAGAACCCCUGCCAGAAUCACCACUGCAAACAUGGCAAGGUGUGUGAGCUGGACGAGAGCAACACCCCCAUGUGUGUGUGCCAGGACCCCACCAGCUGCCCUGCUCCCAUUGGCGAGUUUGAGAAGGUGUGCAGCAAUGACAACAAGACCUUCGACUCCUCCUGCCACUUCUUUGCUACCAAGUGCACCCUGGAGGGCACCAAGAAGGGUCACAAGCUCCACCUGGACUACAUUGGACCAUGCAAAUACAUCCCCCCCUGCCUGGAUUCUGAGCUGACUGAGUUCCCUCUGCGCAUGCGUGACUGGCUCAAAAAUGUUCUGGUCACCUUGUAUGAGAGAGAUGAGGGCAACAACCUCCUCACUGAGAAGCAGAAGCUGCGGGUGAAGAAGAUCCAUGAGAAUGAGAAGCGCCUGGAGGCUGGAGACCACCCUGUGGAGCUGCUGGCCCGAGACUUUGAGAAGAAUUACAACAUGUACAUCUUCCCUGUCCAUUGGCAGUUUGGCCAGCUGGAUCAGCACCCCAGUGAUGGGUAUCUGUCCCACACUGAGCUGGCCCCACUGCGUGCUCCUCUCAUCCCCAUGGAACACUGCACCACACGCUUCUUUGAGACCUGUGACUUAGACAACGACAAGUACAUUGCCCUGGAUGAGUGGGCCGGCUGCUUUGGCAUCAAGGAGCAGGACAUCAACAAGGACCUGGUGAUCUAAGUUCACACUUCCUUCUGCAGUCCUGAAUUCUCUCCCUCCAAUGUCUCCCCUUCCACUCCCCCCUCAUUUAAAAUGUUUGGAUGGUUGGCCGUUCUGCCUGGGGAUAAGGUGCUAACAUAGAUCUAACUGAAUACAUUAACGGUGCUAAAAGGAAAAAAAAAGAUACUAUAACCUAAGUCAUGGCAGUUUCCCACAUAACUCGACUCUGGGGCAUGGCCCAUCCACAGCUCCCUUGUCCCCUGCACUGCCCAGUGUCUCACUGGCUGUGUUGGAAAUGGAGUUGCACGAGCUUGCCGCACACAAGCAUGAGGUAUCUUUAGCUUUCAUUCCUAUUUUCCACUUGACUCUAACACUCUCUCAUUCAGACUCUGUGCUGAUUUCAUUUUGGGGUGUGGGCUCCUUGGGGUCUUCCCCUGGUGGUUCGGAGAUAGGCAAAGGGAAGUGGCAGACACAGGGUACAAAAUCUGGACAAGGAUGCUCUGAGACCUGAGGGUCCACCAGUCAGAACCCAGAUAGUCAUGGUAGCCUAGGCCAACGACUGAGAGAAUAUUCCAGAGCUGUGAUACGCAUGUACAGAGUCCCAGCAGCCCAAGACCUCACUAUCUCCUCCACUCUUCAGGCAGUUUCUUUCUGUGUUUGGCUGUUGGUUCAAAUUUUGGCAAGCCAUGGGACUAUGGGUGGACCAGAACAUCUCACAGGAUUCUCCUAAUCUACUGAUUAUGGGCACUGGGAGGCUGUUUUAGGAAAGUGAGACUCAAGAGGAAGACAAAGAAAGCUGUACCAUAGAGAAAGUGAAGCUGGGCAAUUGGUUUGAUUGUCAUGUCAAGAUGGCUGUCAUACAGUUUCUAGCAUGCCCCCACCCCCACCCUGCUGGCAACCAUCUACUAACCAAGAGAAACUUGCAAGUCAAUGGAAUGGUCGGAUCUCACAGGCUAAGAAUUUGUUCACCACCUCCAAGCAUUUCAUGAAAAAGCUGCUUCUCAUUAAUCAUGCAAACUCUCACAAAGACGUGAAGAGCUUGACAAAUCUUUCAAAAUAAAAAUUAAUGACUUAGAAACUGCC